UCGGCGAGGUGGGGGAGGCGGGCGAGGCGGGCACCGCGGCUCGCACUGGCUUGCACCGGCUCGACCCCCGGCUCGAAGCAGUGGCGGCCCGUGCUUCGGCUGUCCGCGAGCUGAGGACGGUCGCGCUCUCUCGGUUCCCGCGCCGGCUCCGUCUUUUGACCGCGGCGGGGGCCAGGGGCCCCUCCGCUCCCCGUUGAGGAUAGAAGAUGAGCUUCCUCUUCAGCAGCCGCUCUUCUAAAACAUUCAAACCGAAGAAGAAUAUCCCUGAAGGGUCUCAUCAGUAUGAACUCUUAAAACAUGCAGAAGCAACUCUGGGAAGUGGGAAUCUGAGACAAGCUGUGAUGUUGCCAGAGGGAGAAGACCUUAAUGAAUGGAUUGCCGUUAACACUGUGGAUUUCUUCAACCAGAUCAACAUGUUAUAUGGAACUAUUACAGAAUUCUGCACUGAAGCAAGCUGCCCAGUCAUGUCUGCAGGUCCAAGAUAUGAAUAUCAUUGGGCAGAUGGUACUAAUAUUAAAAAGCCAAUCAAAUGUUCUGCACCAAAAUACAUUGACUAUUUGAUGACUUGGGUUCAGGAUCAACUUGAUGAUGAAACUCUUUUUCCUUCUAAGAUUGGUGUCCCGUUUCCCAAAAACUUUAUGUCUGUGGCAAAGACCAUUCUAAAGCGUCUCUUCAGGGUUUAUGCCCAUAUUUAUCACCAGCACUUUGAUUCUGUGAUGCAGCUGCAAGAGGAGGCCCACCUCAACACCUCCUUUAAGCACUUUAUUUUCUUUGUUCAGGAGUUUAAUCUGAUUGAUAGGCGGGAGUUGGCACCUCUUCAGGAGUUAAUUGAGAAGCUUGGAUCAAAAGACAGAUAAAUGUUUCUUCUAGAACACAGUUACCCUCUUGCUACUGCUAGAGCUAUCUCAUUGCUAUCUGUUCUAGACUAGUGAUACAAACUUUAAGAAAACAGGAUAAAAAGACACCUCUUGUCUGUGUCUCAUGAUAAAAUUGUCUCAAACGUAGAUUGGCCUAGUACCUUCAGAGUGAGAAAUUCAGGACAGCCAAAUCUGAGGCACUAUGUGACCACUCCUGUUAUUGUCACAGAGUCAUACUUGGCUGUAGUACGUGAUGACUAACCAGUAAUUUAUUAGUUUACUUCUUAUUCUUUUACUGAAGAAAAUGAUUGAGGCUGUUUCAGGUGACAACAUAAAUGGAUGUUAAGAGUUUUCACCAAUAAUUUAUUAACGAUUCCCAGAACGAAUUUCCUAGUAAGGCGGUCAGAUCAGUUUUAUUCUGCUUUUAUUUUAUAAAUAGAAGAGGUAUUUUUAAGUUUCCUUAAGAUUUAGAACAUUUGUGUCACUUUGGAUAACGUUUUAGUUUGAAGUUUGUAUGCUAGUGUUUUUAUAGAUAAAAUAUAUUUGUAUAUUUUUUCAAAAUCCAUGAUUGCAGUUUAAAUCAUCAUAUGACAUAUGAGGUAUGGGAGUAACCAAAGUUAUUUCUAAAAUGACUUUAUUUUUUAAUCUUUAUUUGGAAUUUUAUUCACAUAAACCUAUCUAAAUUUUUAGGAGUGGGUGUGUGUAUCAGAAAUAAUUUUUUAAGGCAUCUAAGGAUGGUCUUGUAGAGUUUUAUUUCAAAAUACUUCAUUCAGAUUAAUUUUAAUAGGUAGUUUUUGGCUGAGAGAAAGAAAACUCAAAAAAUUGACAUGUUUAGGUCUCAGAACCACUAUUUUCAUUCACAUUGUUUUUCAGAGGCCUCGAAAUUCUGGAUAAGAGAAUGUAAGAAAGUACUCGGAGUACUUGAUUAUUUUGUUUUGAGUUUCCUUUAAAAAAAAUUACUUCUAUAUGUUUUUAUUGUGACUUGAUACUUAGUUAAGAGUAAUGUAGAAAUGCACAAACUUUAUCCCAGUAAGGAUAAAACUUGAGAACCACAAUAAAAAGCAUUGAAGAUGUACACAUUUUAUAACACAGCUAAAAGUUUAGUCUGCUACCUGUUCGCGCGCGUGUGUGAGUGUGUGUGUUUAAAAGCGACAAAAUGGGAAGAAUAGGUUAAAAAAAAUCUGACUUCAUUCUGUUUAUAGUCAAAGGAUGGACUGAGCCCCCAUAGGAGUUUUAUCCUGUUUUAAUUGUUUUUGUAUCAAAACUUGAAAUUAUUCUAUUUCUGUUGGGAUAAAAGAAUCUUCCCCAUUAGUGAAGGAAAGAUCUGAUUGUCAUUAGGUUUCUGGAAUUUAGUAAACUCUAGCUGGCUGUUUGAAACAUAUUGAGGCACAAGAAUACUAGACUGGCAGUGCUUGAAGUUCAUCAGCAUUCUGUAUUUGAGAGCUGUGCUUUUUGCAAAGUAUUCACCAUCGUCGAUGGCUUCGGUAAAGGUUCAAUUUCAUAAGGUUUUUUGUUAUUUAUUUUUAUUAUUCCACUAGAGUAUAAAGAAUUGCUUAGAAACUUCAUUUUUCUAAUAAUUCAAUUUCAAUAAAUUCUUAACUAUAUCCAGAAUUUUAAAGGAAACAAAACGUUUCAUCUAAUUUAGGCUGAAACCGUACAUCAUUUGUUUCAGGAAUUAAAAAGUAGGAUAAUCACUUAGGGAAAAAGGAGAAAAGCCCUCUCCAAAACAUUCCACAAUCCACAUUAUAAGCUUAUCCAAAGGUCCUUGUCAGGCGUUCUGUAUGUUUCCGUUGAUCACUUAUGGACAAGAAAGCAGGUUUCUAGAUGCACCUAGAAUGUUACUGCCUCUCGACUUUAAACCUUCUUGGCUUUAAUAAGUCUGCAAGGAAUGAAAUUAUAUUUCUCAACUAAGGUUGAACUUUCAUCAUCAUUUAUAAUAUUUCAAAUAUUCUCAAACAAAAGUGUUCUUACUUUUCUCCAUUUAUUUAGAAUGAUAGAAAUCCUGCCUCUCUCUUCACGUCUCAUCCCCUGAACUUACCAAAGAUGGUCACAUAUGAGAACAGUAGUAAAGGCAGCUUAUUAACGGGGUGUAAAUUAAAAAUUUGUUGGUAAUUUGAGACUCAGAAUGGCCUUUUUAAAAAAAAAAAUAAAAACAUUACCAGGUUCUGAAGCUAGUCUGGCGUAACCCACAAUGCACCUAAACAUGUGUUAACAUUAUGUGUUUACAUCCAAGGGCAGGAGAACUGAGGAAGGGGGCAGAAUGGGGAGAGAGGAGCGCCUUCUGACUUGGCUAGAGGGCCAACCAGUCUUUGAUAAGAGUUGGAAGAUAUCGAUCUGUCUUUGGCUCCUCUCACUUUUGGUUUAUCUCCCUGGGCUCAGGGUAUGCCUGUUGCACAGCACUCACUCCCCUGUCCCCUCCGAAUCAGAAGACAGCUCCUUGUGUCUGAUCGCUGAUCCUCACACCUGAUUACAGGCAUGGGGUGGAACGUACUUGCUAAAUUAUGCAGGGAAUCCUAUGGUGCUUGAACUUCCAGGUCUUUUAAAAAACGUUGGGACAAUGAUGUGCAGAUUUUUGUUUAAAUAUUGACACUUCCUUGUACUACAGUUUUUGUAUUGACAGCCAAAUGUAUCCUUUAUUUUUCUCCAGACAGUGAAUAAGUGAUUUUAGAGGGCUGCCAGCUAACAAAGUAUCUCCUUUCAUCUCAGACUUGUAGAGCCCCAGCUCCUGUAGCUGCCUGCUGGAGAAAUGCAGAUCUAUAUCCUCACGCCUUUGAUAACAACAAAGGGGGGCUUUUCCUAGGAGUGCAGAGGCGCGAGGGGCAAUCCCGAGUGGUGAUUUUGACUUGUGCAAACAUUGUUGAGGUUUCCUGACUAUGCUGUUGGCCUUCUCUUGAGCAGUUAUACUAGAAGUGAUGCUUCUAAACAUAAAAUCAUUACCUCAUAAGCAUAAACAAAUCAGGCCUAGGAGUGUAAGUCCUAGAAAUUUGUUCCUGAGCAGCUCCAGUCAUGCUGCUCGUGUUACCCCUGCCUGGUUCUAGGAGGCCGUCUCCUGUCUGUAGAACUCGCCUGAAAAAUGCCACUGGGACACCAAACUGAGCACCUUCGACAGGGACAUUAUUUCCUCCUGAUAUCAGUUCAGUAAAUGGAUUUGGUUUCUACUAUUGUAGAAUUCUGGCAAAGAGGGAAAAUAGUAAUCCCUCAGUUUUCCUGUGUUUUUUGCAUUAGAUUGUGAUGUUUCAGACUGUAAAAUGCUUUGGGGGAUGAUACUUGUGAUCACAGUAAUUUUAUUGAAGCAACUGCAUUGAAAUUCACUUGGGUUUUCUCUCAUUAUCAGAUUCUAUUCCAAACAAGUAUUCUGUAAAUCCAGAUGGAUUUCCAGUGUGCUGUAGAGUUAUUAUAGAACAACAUUCUAUGUUUGGUCUACAUUGAAAAUAGUUUGCAUCAGUUAGUCUUGGUUAUCAUCUAAAAUAUUUUUAAAUGUUCUUUACAUGAAAAUUUAUGUUGUAUUUUUAAACCUUUAGGGGCUUUAUCUAUUUUUCUAAGUCACUUAACUGUACUUUAAUAAAAGUAUUUUGUAUCUACUUUUGUAACUUCAUCAGAAUAAAAUAUAUUGAAAGAA